AUGCUGCUCUUGAGGAGCGCCGUGACGUCCAUUUUGCUCCUGCAGUCGCGUUCCCCAGCAGCUCUCGGUAGAUCCACCGGCCGUUCCACAUCAGCACGGGCCGCGGGAGGAGACGCCGCGGCGAUGCGCUACUCUCUGGCGCCGGGCUGCUCCUUCGUCGUCGCGCAGGGCGACAUCACCAAGCUGGACACGGGCGCCCCCACGGCCAUCGUCAACGCGGCCAACGAGCGCUGCCUGGGAGGCGGCGGCGUGGACGGAGCGAUCCACCGCGCUGCGGGCCCGGACCUCAAACGCGCGUGCGAGCAGCUCCCGCAGGUGCGGCCGAACGUGCGCUGUCCCACGGGCGAGGCAGUCGUCACCGACGCCUUCAACAUGGCGCCGCGGAUCAGCAAAGUCAUCCACACAGUGGGGCCGGUGUACAGCGGCGCGGCCGCCAGCGCGCCCCUGCUGGCCUCGUCCUACCGCCGGUCGCUCCAGGCCGCCAACGCGCACAAGCUGUCCGUGGUGGCCUUCCCGGCCAUCUCCUGCGGCGUGUACGGGUACCCGCUGGACGAGGCCGCGGACGUGUCCGUCGCGACCAUCAAGGCCACGAUCGAGGAGCUCGCGCGGUCGGAGCUGCACGUCGAGGAGGUGCGCAUGAUGAUGUUUGAUGCAUCCGCCGCCGGUGCCUGGAAGCAAGCGGCCGAAACGCACCUCGGGGCCCCGCACGAAGAGUUGUGA